AUGGCUAAUCAACAUAUUUAUUUCUCUGAGCUCAAGGCUGGUCGCUGUCGGGAGAGUGUUAGAAGACGAAACCUUCUCAAUCUCCCGCCACCUCCUCCGACGUCGUUUUCAUCGUUACCUCACGAUGUAGUCCUCAACUGUUUGGCUCGCGUCUCAAGAAGCUAUAGUCCAAUCUUAUCUCUCGUCUCCAAGAGUUUCAGAACACUCAUGACCUCACCUGAGCUCCACGCAACACGAACCCUAAUCGGGAAAACAGAGGAUUGCCUCUACGUCUGCUUAGACCUUGACAAUAAUAACCCUAAUCCUCGCUGGUUCACACUUUCACAGAUCCCCGAACAACAGAAACUCAUACCAAUCUCUCUGACUCACUAAAAGUUCAUAUCGGUUUUUUCAGUUGGUUCAGCGAUUUACAUGAUCGGAGGCUUCCACAAGAGAAAGGGAAAGAGAAGCAGAAACGUGUCGAUCCUCGACUGUGGAACGUUAACUCAUCAGUGUCGUAGACUCCCUAAACUGCGUGUACCUCGAAGAACUCCAGAAGUCUACACGGAUGUAGUCCACGGUAACAUCUAUGUGGUUGGAGGCAGCAGGGCUAUUAAGGACUAUGGAGAGAUUUACAAUCCAAAGAUCCAAACGUAGGAGCCGUUAUCGCCGAGUGUGGAUCUAUAUGGAUUGAAAAAGUGUGCCCCCUUGAAUAUUUGUACAGUAGAGGGAGAUAAUAACGUGAAGUGUGUAAUAUCGGUUGAGAAAGGGAAACUAGUUUGGUGCAAUGACGGUUGGAGUUUGGUCAGGGGGCUUGAAGGGUUGUCUUCAAAUUCAUGUUUUCCAAAUAAUCUUGUUUCGGUGGCGAGUUUGGGCAGAGGAGGAAGAGUGGCGGUUUGGUGGAAGAAGGUGGAGUUUGGUCGCCAAGGUCGGCAUUAUACUAACCAAUGCAAAACUGAUAUUUGGUGUGCUGAGAUUUCGUUUGAGAUGCGACCUUGCUUGCUUCCUCCGGGAUUACAGCUUGAUGAGCUUUGGGGAGUUGUGGAAUGGUCUAAGAGUGUGUUUACCGUUGAUGGAUGUGAUUGUGGUUAUGACUUCUUUCUACAUUCUGCUGUUGUCACACUUUGAUUGAUCCCCCAUGCAUUCUCUUAUUUUAGUUUUACGUAG